AUGGGGCCGACCUACCCCAUGAUGGCCCGCAUCGGUGGCAGCCACGCCCAGCGCGAGGUGUUCGAAGAUACUCUGCUUGAGUCCUACGUCCGUGCCGGCAUGUACGACGAGGCAAAAUCAAUGCUGGAAGAACGCCUCUCUCGCCGUUCCUCGCCUCGCGAUACCUACUGGAUGGGUCGUCUGGAAGCUCAAGCCGUGCAGGGCAACCGCGAGGCGUCUCGCCGGCUGCUCGCUGAAGCGCAGGCUGCCUGGGCGCCCACGGCUGAACAGGGUGCGGCUGAGCUGCAACGCCUGGCCGCUGACGCCCAGCGAUAG